CCACCGCGGGUUGGCAACAGUUGCUGCUAACGCAACGCUCCUUUCAAACUCAAACCGUCCCUUUCUGACGUCUCUCCUUUAAUCGGUCGGUUCUUUUUGCCUGGAAUUCUUCUUCUGUCAUUUAUUCCCCUUCCCCCCCUUUUUUUUUGGAGUCCCGCUUCUUCGUCUUCUACCCCCCCCUGGACGGCCCUUCCUCUGAAACAUGAACGUUCAUCCAGCCCCCUGAGGUCGGUUUCACAUUGAAUCAACCUACUUGAUCCGCAUCAAUUACUAUGACGGAUUCUACGGCUACUCCCUCGGACACGAGGGGCCCCGAAGGUGCUUCGAUUCACUUGAACUCCGGCGGAUUCGAGCCUCUUUCGCUUUCGUUGCCCAGUCACUCGAGACUGUCCUCCCCUUUACCAUCUCCGACUGGAAGCAAGUCCGCGGCGCCGGCCAACAAUGCAGAAUCCGCAGAUGAGCGGGAUAGGAUGGGCUACCCUCCCCCGGUAAAGCAGGGCAGCAAUGCCAUCCACGAUCAAAAAGAAAAACCUACGGGGAUUGCCAAUGGGAUUCCGGAGGGGGGUGAUGGCGCCCCUAAGAGCACACCAGCCUCCCUGAACCCUCGUCGACCGAUCGAUCUGGCCGCCAACUCGCAGAAGCCCAAAAGCCUGAACUCCCAACAAUCUCACCCCGGGACACCCGCUACGCCUCGCCGUCCAAGCGUCCAAUUCACCCGGGACGCUUCUGAGAAUGACCAUGUCCCGGAAUUGAAUCCAUCGAGACCCUCUUCUGCCAUGGGCGAUGAUGCCGAUCCGGGGUCAAAAGGGAAAAACUCCAUCUUCACCAAAUUAAAAGCGUUUGCCGCCUCGCCAUCCUUCACCUCUCACUCGCGGUCAGCCAGUGGCGCAACGAUCGGGGACAUUCGACCGAUGAACCAUGACCUGGCCACCCCCGGAUCGGAACGGGGGGAGUUUCGGUUUCCAAAUACCUUAGAAGAGGAAGGGAGUGAUGUGGACGCCGACGCCGAGGAAAGUGCUGGAGAGCAACAUGCUCAACAUCGCAAAAAGAAGAAACAGUUACGGCGGCCCAAGGGCGAUGAGUCUGCUCCUCAGACCGAACCGAACACGCCUAAGGCCGUAAGCCGACCGUCCUUCAAUCUCACCGGCUCCUUUGCCCCUUUCGAGAAUUACCGGCCGAACUUUUUCCCCCGACGGAACACCGGCGACUACGCCCAGCAUCGUGAGGGAGUGUCGGAGGAUGAAGGUCGGGAUCGUCUCAACCGGGAUACCACCUGGAGGCGGAGAAGCGCCUGGCUCGCGAACUCGCGCGGCAUAACCCAUAGUGGGCGACAGCUUGAUCCCCAUGCGAACCAGGAAGAUAGGCGGCCGAGUAAUCUCCGGCGGUUGACUGGGUUUGGGCCGUCCGAAAACGCGGAAGGCCUUUCGGCUCCUUGGAGGCGACAUCGCGCGGACCGUGGAUCCAGCCUGAGUGCCCAAAGAUGGCGACAGAUCAAAGCUGGAUUGAAGCUGAUCGGCCAGCGCCGGAAGGCUGACAGCACGGUGGACCAUGCAAAGUCGGCCGAGCUGCUAGCUGAGCUAACUUCGGGGGUGCCGGCAGCAUUGAUUCUGGCCAGCAUGUUCCAGCGUGAUGAGCACGGGAGCAAACGAAUCCCCAUCCUUCUUGAACAGCUCAAGGUUCGAGUCACAGACAGUAAGAUCGACUCGCAUUCUGGAGAUCGUCACUUGGUGUUCAGAAUUGAGCUCGAAUACGGCAGCGGCAUGACUCGUAUGAAAUGGAUCAUUCAUCGGACACUCAAGGAUUUCGCCAACCUCCACCUGAAGUACAAACUGCAUUUCGGCACGCAGAAGUACAUCCAAUUGCGGAACACAGAAAGUGGGCAGAAUCUCCCGCGAUUUCCUCGAAGCGCGUUCCCAUACCUGCGUGGUGUGCGCGGCCUAGACAGUGACCUGGAGGACGAAGAGGAGGAGGGUGGCUACGAGACAGCCGCAGAGGCAACGAGUGGUAAUGAGAGAGCUGGUAAAAGACAUCAGCACGCGCGACGGCAAUCAUCUGCUGGCCCGUCUCGCCGGCAAUCGACUGUGACGAACACCGAGGGAGAGGGCGCUGCUGGAGCUGCGAGUACGGCAGAAGCAGGCCCGUCAACCAAGAAGGAAACCUACCCGGAGAGGCAGAGAAAGAAACUGGAGUCCUACCUCCAAAAAUUGAUCCGGUUUCUGAUCUUCAAGCCCGAUAGCAACCGCUUGUGCAAGUUCUUGGAGCUGUCGGCGCUGGGAGUUCGUCUUGCUGCCGAGGGAAGCUAUCAUGGCAAGGAAGGGUAUUUGAUCAUCCAAUCAUCCAAGGGCCUUGAUUUCCGGAGAGCCUUGACUCCGGCUAUGGUAAAGAAGCGUCAUUCACCAAAAUGGUUCCUUGUCAGACACAGCUAUGUCGUUUGUGUUGAUUCGCCCGAGGAGAUGAAUAUCUACGAUGUGUUUUUGGUCGACCCAUUUUUCAAGCUACAAACACAGAAGAUCAGUAUACGCAAUCAGAAGGCAAAGGAGCUGGCAAAGUCGGCGAAGGAGUCGGCCAGGCAUCCGCAACAUCAUACGCUGAAACUCGAAAACUCAGAGCGGAAGCUCAAGCUCCUGGCCCGGAACGAACGCCAGCUUCACCAGUUUGAGGACUCUAUUCGGUUCAUGGUAGACAACACCCCCUGGGCAAAGCCUAAUCGAUUCGACAGCUUUGCUCCCGUGCGUCACCACUGUUUUGCCCAAUGGCUGGUUGAUGCUCGCGAUCAUAUGUGGGUGGUUUCCCGUGCGAUCAACCAGGCGAAAGAUGUCAUCUACAUCCAUGACUGGUGGUUGAGCCCUGAGCUUUACAUGCGACGCCCAGCUGCUAUCAGCCAAAAGUGGCGGCUGGAUCGGCUUCUCCAACGCAAGGCCCGCGAAGGAGUCAAGAUAUUCGUGAUCAUGUACCGGAACAUCAAUUCCGCCAUCCCGAUUGACUCGGAGUACUCCAAGUUCUCCCUUCUGGACCUGCAUCCCAACAUCUUUGUCCAGAGAUCGCCCAAUCAGUUCCGACAGAACACUUUCUUCUGGGCGCAUCAUGAAAAGCUAUGCAUCAUCGACCACACUCUGGCUUUCGUGGGCGGUAUCGAUUUGUGUUUCGGCAGGUGGGACACGCCCCAGCAUAUGCUCACCGACGACAAGCCGACCGGGUUUGAGACACCAGAUGGCCCGAAAGAUGCAGACCACUGUCAGCUAUGGCCCGGAAAAGACUAUUCCAACCCGCGCAUUCAAGAUUUCUACGAUUUGGACAAACCAUACGAGGAGAUGUACGACCGGAACACCACGCCCAGGAUGCCAUGGCACGACAUAUCAAUGCAUGUUGUCGGUCAGCCCGCUCGGGAUCUCACGCGCCAUUUCGUUCAGCGCUGGAACUACAUUCUGCGCCAGCGAAAGCCAACGCGGCCCACGCCGUUUCUCCUGCCUCCACCAGACUUUGACGCUGCUGACCUAGAGGCUCUUGGCCUUGAUGGCACCUGCGAACUUCAGAUCCUGCGGUCUAGUAGUGCGUGGUCGACUGGUACUUCGGACUUGACGGAGCACAGCAUCAUGAACGCCUACGUCAAGUUGAUCGAGGAAUCCGAGCACUUCGUGUACAUCGAGAACCAGUUCUUUGUCAGCACAUGUGAAAUCGACGGGAGGAAGAUCGAGAAUCUAAUCGGCGACGCGUUGGUGGAGCGGAUCACCCGGGCGGCGAAAAACAAAGAAGCCUGGCGCGCUACCAUCGUCAUCCCCCUAAUUCCCGGGUUUCAAAACACCGUGGACAGCGAAGGCGGGACAAGUGUCCGUCUGAUCAUGAUGUGCCAGUACCGGAGUAUCUGUCGUGGGGAGACAUCGAUAUUUGGACGGCUGCGAGCGCUCGGCAUUGAACCGGAAGAUUACAUCCAGUUCUACAGUCUUCGGUCCUGGGGAAAGAUCGGACCUCACAAACAUUUGGUCACCGAACAGCUGUAUAUCCAUGCCAAGUGUAUGAUUGUGGACGAUCGAGCCGCGAUCAUUGGGUCUGCAAACAUUAACGAACGGUCCAUGUUGGGAUCCAGGGACUCGGAGGUUGCAGCGGUCGUCCGUGACACCGACAUGAUCUGGUCUACCAUGAACGGCCGCCCUUAUCUCGUCGGACGAUUCCCCCACACGCUUCGGAUGCGUCUUAUGAGAGAGCAUCUGGGCAUCGACGUGGACGAGUUGAUGGAGCAUUCAAUGGCGACCGAGGAGGAAUUGCGAAGAAUCGAAAUUGCCGAGGAGGACUCGAAACCCGCGGAGGACCGCGAAAGGCUGGACUCUGAGUCUCUUAUUCAGGAAAAACAGACGGAGCGGGAUAUGAUUGAGCGUCGGCAUCGGAUUCAAGACGAGUUUCUUUCACGCUCGGAAGACAUGCACAGUUUUAACCACGAUGUCGAUUGGGAGCAGAGCAACAAUCCGAACCUCAAAUCCAACCGAAAGCUGACUGCGGAUGCGCGAGUGACCGCCAAUCAGGAGCACAAAAAGGACGUGGAUGGGUUCGGGGCCGACAAUCUUAACGCUGCUUCGCAGGGCGGAUGGGGAGACGCCCGUGAUACCCAAUUUCUGGAUACGAAGACCGAAGUAUUGGUUUCUCCCGUCGCGAGCGAGGGCAAAGGCACUGUACAGCAACCGAAGCGUUCGCAACAACGACCCGGUCAGAAUGCCGAUGAGAGAGACGGCCAGAAUAAUUUGGCUGCGACGGUCAAUGAUGUCGAAUCGAGUCCCAUCGCUCAAGGAUCCCCGAAUGCUCGCUAUCCGGCACUGGCGUUCGGACAAGAGGCCGAGAGUAACAGCGGCGGCGUCGCUCCCCCAUCCAGAGACAGAUAUGACUCCGACAAAUACCCGCAUCCACUUGGCCCAGACAUGAAACAUAUAUACAUCGACCAGGAUUGCAUGCGAGAUCCGGUGAUUGAUUUGUUCUAUCUAGACACAUGGCAUGCCGUCGCAGAGAAAAACACAAAGAUCUUCCGGAGCGUUUUCCGUUGCAUGCCCGACAGCGAGGUGAAAUCCUGGAAAGAAUACAAGGAAUACACAGCUUAUGCAGACCGUUUCACCGAGCUGCAGAACCAGCAAGGGGCCAAGGCAACCGCCAAGUCGCAUCUGCAAGCUGUCAGCCCGAACAUCGAGAAACAGGCGACGGAAACCAUCCAGAGCCCAAGCGACCGUUCACCAUCUGAGCCGACGAAACAAGACACGUCGCCAGUGGAUGAGAAGGCCAGUCGCAGGAUCAGCGAUGUGAUGGGCUCGGGUAACGCACGAAACGGGCGACUUGAUGAAAGUGGCUCAUCUGGCGAGGAUGCCGAGAGACAGCGAUCUGAUCCUCCGGUGGUUGAAUAUUCGGAGGCGUUGAAUCGGAAUGCCACAACCCAUUCCCGACGGCGACGGCGAAGAGCAACAACUUUGGGAUCAAAGCGAGAAUUCCAUGCCUCGGAUGAGAUGAUGGAUAGGCAGCGGGCGGAGAAUCUUCUGGAGCAGGUUCAGGGACAUCUCAUUCUGUGGCCCUAUGACUGGUUUGUGACGCUCAGUGUCCGCUGUACAUCUUCCUUGUUGACCAAUUAUUCUAGGCUUGAGAAAGAAGAACAGGGCGGAAACUGGCUUUACACGUUGGACCAGAUUUCCCCACUGGAGAUAUACAAUUAACGUGUUAAGUCUCAAAUACUAUUGAUCUUG